AUGAUGACGAAUGUUGCUCCAAACAGCCACUAUCUAAACCUACCGAAUGCCAAUUCCACAUCGACAACUACUUCCUCGAUCUUUUCCGACCUUAAUAAGGAGUACGAGUCAAAGAUUAGAGAAAUUGAAGAGUACUAUAUAAAGACGCUACUCAAUGACAAUACAGAUAAUGAUGAGAGCAGCAGUUCCGAGGGGCAUAAUAUAAAUGAAGCGGAGAUUUUAAGUGAAUACUCUCCAAGGCCUUCUCCUUGGUUGCCUUCCAAACCGAAUUGUUAUCAUUCGUUGGCAGAUUUUAAAGACUUGAUCAUAUCUGAUUCCAGGCCUGCAAAUACAUCGCAUUUUGCCAACCUUUUCUCAACCACUAACAACAUCUCGACGCUUGCUACGACUGAUAAAAAGCGUAAGAAAAGGCCACUUGAAGUUGAGAUUAACCCUACUUAUGCGACAAACGCAUUUUCAUUACCUUUGACGGCGGAGAAUUUACAAAAAUUAUCCCAGGUGAAUUCCCAGUCCACAGGGCUCCCAUUCGCACUCCCAAUCCAGAAAACAACAAAACUGGAACCAUGUAGAAGGGCGCCUUUGGACUUGCCUCAAUUAGUCAAUAAGACUUUAUACAAGACGGAGCUCUGUGAAUCUUUUACUAUCAAGGGCUAUUGUAAGUACGGAAAUAAGUGCCAAUUUGCUCACGGUCUGCAUGAACUAAAAUUUAAGAAAAAAUCAAACAAUUAUAGAACCAAACCCUGCAUAAAUUGGUCGAAAUUGGGCUACUGUCCGUACGGUAAGCGCUGCUGCUUCAAGCACGGCGAUGAUAAAGACGUUCAAGUAUACCAAAAUGCUAAUAAUGGGAGAGAUAAUGAUAUGGCGUUUUCCACACUUCCUCCUGCGAUAGCCCCCGCCAAUGAUAAUAACGUUACUAAUUUGGGUAAGCCUAAGAACUUACAUACUAGUGUUAAAGCAUUGCAAAGGAUGACUUGGUAG